AUGUCAUCAGCUUAUCCGACAGCUCCCUUGACCGAGUCACAAGAGUCUGAUGCUACUUCGAAUCUGCGCUCACGCCCUAUCUCGAGUCGGCGCCGAGACAAACCUCAGAUCUCCUGCAAGAUCGCCAUUUGCGGCCCGAGGGUCUUGCCCAUGUCCCUGAACCCAGAUGCGGAUGCGGCCCGACUCGCCCGAGCCGGUCCAGAUCUAGAUCCCGUACAGUUGGAUUCGCCGAUGGGCGCGGAGCUUCGCUAUAUCGACGACGUACCGACUAAUCAUCCUUCUACUACCAUCGGCAGUGAUGUCGGGAUAGGCUUCAAUAGUCUUUAUGAGCCUUUAAUACGCCAGCCCGCCAGGGGCAUUUAUGCCGCCUGA